AUGAAUAUUGACAAUUCCAAAUUACCAAAGGAUUAUUUUGAUAUGGUUAAAGAGGCUCUAAAUGAGGAAAAAAGUGAAAAAACUUCCAAUUUAAAGAGAAAAAGAUCAAAAAAAUCACCAUCAAAAACUCCUAAUGUUAAGCCUAUUACUGCUCCAUUAAUCAAAAGAAGAAGUACCAGGAUUAAGAAUAAAAAUACUUUAACUUCUAAUCAUACUCCAGUGGUGAUUAUCAAUUCAGAUGAUGAUUCUCAGGACCCAAAUCAAACUCAUUUUCGCAAUAAUUUAACUCACAAUACCACUGUGGAUAUAAAAGACAAAGAAGAGCAAGUUUCAAGUGGUGAAGAGGAUUCUGAUGAAUCUUUUGGUUCCGAUAAUUUUGAGGAUGUUUUACUAGGAGACGCUAACGAUAAUGGCGAAUCUAGUGUUGAUAAUAUAAACAUAACAUUAGAUAAAUCAUUUCCUGUUGAUCAAAGGGAUAAGUCCAAGAAACAAAGGAAUUUAAACCUAGUGCAAAAGGAAGAGCGCCAAUUUAGACUAGGCUUUCAUCAAAUGCACCUAUUAACACUACUAUCGCAUGGAUAUCAAAGAAAUAAAUGGCUAAACAAUAAAAAAUUACAAACAAAAUUAAAUAACAUAAUUCCAAAUUCUGUAUUUGAUUUAUUACAUCCAGAAAAAGAUGAAGAAAUGCCACUAAGAAGCACGAGGAAAUUGUUGGAUGGAUUAACCAAAUGUAUCAAGAUAUGGGAUAAGUAUUAUGAAGUAGUGGAUAGUAAUACUACUGGAAGGAUAAAAACUUAUGGACUGUACAUGAGACCAUGGGACAAAAUAUCCUUCGGUUUGGAUGGAGCUUGCGACAUACAGCACUGCAGAUUUUCAUUUAAUGAAACAGAUUUUGUUCAAAAAUUGACCAAAUUUAGAAAGGGGAAUAGGGAUCUGGGUGCACAAGGAUUUGUAGCCAUGUUAAGAGCGGUUGGUGUAAAUGCGAGAUUAGUAAUGUCAUUACAGCCACCUGAUUUUACCAAUUUAAAAAAAAUAUCAGCUACCCAAGAAAAAGGUAAACAAGAAGAAAAUAGUCAUAGCAGUACCAACACGGAUAAACAGAAUGAAAAAAUAUUUGAAGACAAUUUACUUGCCUUCCAACCUGGUAUAGAUAAUUCUUCUACUAUAAAAUUUCCGUUUAAAAACAACUUUGCCAGUAAAAUGAGCACAAUAGAUGAUAUCUUGGCUGAAUUAAAUGAAUCGGAAAAAUUCCCCAUAUUUUGGUGCGAAGUAUGGAAUAAAUUUAACAAGACUUGGAUAACUGUGGAUCCAAUAAAUUUCAAAAUUAUAGAACAACACAGAUUUAAUAGCAAUGGCAAAUCAAAAUUAGAACCGAUAACUAAAAAACAACAAAAAUACAACAUGUUAAGGUAUGUCAUAGGAUUUGAUAGAAAAUUAGGUUGUAAAGACAUUACCCCACGUUAUACCACACAAUUCUUUGCAAAGGUUUUUAAAAAAAGAUGUACCAGGAUUCCUGAACUUGAGACUUGGUACACAAAAAGUAUCAAAUAUUUGAACCACCUGGCAGGAAGAACGCCUAUCAAAAUAGAUAAAUACGAAGAGCAAUAUUUGGACAACAAGUUAAGUUUAGAAGGUAUUCCAGAUAGCUUACAAGAUUUUCAAGGACACCCCAAGUUUGUUUUAGAGACAAAUAUUGGACAAGACGAAGCUUUGAAACCUGGAUGUUCAAAUUGUGGGUUUUUCAGAUUGAAAAAUAAAAAUAAAUCCAUCAAAGUUUAUUUGCGGGAUGAUUUACUCAAAUUAAGGUCACCGAGAGGUUGGUUUAUGGAGGGAAGAACUUUGAAGAAAGGAGCUAAAUAUUCCAAAGUCGUACAUAAAAAAAGUUUUACUACUAGAGAAAUAGAGGAUGAAAGAUUAUAUUCUAUAGAUCAGACAGAGUUGUAUGUUCCACCAUUAGCCUCUUCCAAUGGAGAAAUUCAAACUAACUCUUAUGGGAAUAUAGAUGUUUAUAAACCAACUAUGAUUCCAUUAAAUUGUGUCCUAAUUGAACAUGGGUUGGCUACGAAAGCUGCAAGAUUUUUAAAUAUUCCAUUUGCUGGAGCCGUGACUAGUUUUACCUUUGAAAAGGGCAGAACAGUCAAACCUUCAAUUACAGGUAUUGUUGUGUUACGAGACUACAAAGAGGCUGUUUGUGAAAUGAUUGACGGUAUUAGCUAUUCACAAGAAAGAGAAGAAUAUGAGGAAAAACAGCUAGAGGAGUUAGAUCACUGGUUAAGUUUUUUACGCAAGAUCCAAAUUAGGAAUAGAUUGAACAGACACCAUGGUAUUGUUGAUCAGGACUCAGAGGAAGAUAUUAAACAAAUAUCAGAUGCAGAGAGCGAAGAAGGGGAAAUGGUUGGCGGGUUUAUACCUGAGAAUCUGUCAGAUCACGAAAGUGUUAUGGAUGUCACAGAGGAAGACAGAGUAACACCAAAUACGAAUAGUAGUGAUCAAGAAUUAAAUGAAUAUGUUGCCUUUUUAAAUGAACUCAAUGAUGAAUAA